AUGUUUGAUUUGAGGAGCUCAGCGCUCAUUCUGCUGUGGGCUCUGCAGUGGGCUGCUGGCUCUUCAGCUCAGUCGUGUCAAGCUCCUGGGGGGAAAUGUAACUUUGUGCAAGACUGUCCAGACUGGAGUGAUGAGCAAGGCUGUGGCUACAAUGGAAAGGGGUUUGUGUGUGACUUUGAGGAUGAAGGAAUGUGUGGAUGGGCUGACACGUCGCCCAGUGCACAAUACAAAUGGGAGAGACAUCAGAGAGGGGAAACGGUGCCUGACAGUGGACCGUCCACCGAUUACACCACCGGCACAGCCAUAGGUUGGUUCAUGGGAAUCAGUGCAGUAAAUGAAGACUUGCUCCAUACUGCAGUUUUAAUCUCUCCAGAGAUUAAUCAGUCUUCAACAACGUGUCGCCUUCGCCUCAGAUACUUCCUGUGGGACUCGGGUAACACCGGUCUGGGAUCUACGCCCUUGUGGGCAUCUGUCCUCUACCCAGGUGGUGAAGAGGCUGUUGUUUGGCGUCCUGAGGCCUCCAGUGUUCGUGCCUGGAGGGAAGCUCUCAUCUUUCUGGGCCGGAUUCCCUCAACUUUUCAAAUCCGUCUUCACUCACUGCGGUCAGUGGGACAAAGAGGAGAUGUAGCCAUAGACCAGCUGGAGUUUCUAGACUGUGCUCUUCCCUCACCAGUCCCCGGGGGAAACUGUUCAGCAGGGAUGGUGAAGUGUAACAACGAGGCCUGUGUGGAGGAGCGCCAUCUCUGUGAUGGCAGCGAUGACUGUGGUGAUGGAUCUGAUGAGCUCAACUGCACUCGAUAUGAGUCCUGUGACUUUGAGGAGGACCUGUGCAUUUGGGACCUAAGGUCACUUUCACCAUUGAAAUGGGUAAGGACAAAUCAGACACAGAUCUCCAACACGGAUCCUCUGAAAGGACCAGGCAGAGAUCAUUCUAGUAACUCAGCAUCAGGUCACUUUCUCUAUGUUACGGUCCCUGAUGAGGGUCUCGAAAGUGACUGGGCCUCCUUCCAAAGUCCCUCUCUAGAACCCACCAACAGUUCACAUCCUUGCAAGAUGGUGAUGUACACUCACCAGUUUGGGCCGAGGUCGGGGGGUUUGACGGUGUUGGUUGCAGAUAAAUAUAUCUACCCAGUGUGGGAAAGAGGUGGCUCUCUAGGUGAUCUCUGGGUAAAGGCAGAGGUGGAGAUUGUCACCAACGUCGCUUUCCAGAUCCUGAUUAUGGCAGCAAUCAGAAACUUUACAUAUGGAGGUAUCGCGAUUGACAGCAUUGUUUUGUCUCCCGAAUGCCGCUUAUCAGCCAAUACUAGUUCUGUUGAAACACUCCCUGAUCACCCUAAAAAUCCAUGUGCUGAACCGGAUAAGUUGUGUGAUUUUCAUAUUGACUGUGAAGGAGCAGAGGAUGAAGCUAAAUGUGGUGAUUUCUCUUACUCUCAGGGCAGCUCUGGGUGGACUGACACCAGUCUUGGGGGUCAAGGUUGGGUACUAUAUCAAAAUUCCACAGCCCAGGAGGAGUUUCUGUAUGUAGCCAAAGCUCCAGGCCAGCAGCUGACUGAAGCCCAAACACGGACCCCCCUCCUAGGCCCCACUGGUCCCGUUUGUAGCAUGAGCUUUGAUUAUGCACUAACUGGGAAACCCAGUUAUAUUGGUGAUCUGUCCGUCAGAGUGAUCGACAGCUCAAUGGGCACGGGGCCUAAAUUGUGGGAGUUUAAUGGGAAGACUGGACCAGAGGCAGAGGAUUGGCAACACGCUGACAUACUCAUUGGAUUUAGGAAAAAUCGAUUCCAGCUUGCUUUUGAAGCUCACGCUAAGAAACUUUGUCAGUGCUCCAAGAUUAAAGUGAAAAAUGUCCAAUUUAGUGACUGUCAUGUUGACUAUUAUCCAUGGUCUCCAACAGGUAACUUUAAUAUCUACUUAUAAUUUACAUAAUUUAUGAUGCUCAGUUUAAAGUUUUUCUAGUACUUGCUUAAACCAACCAGUUUUGUGUGUGUUUGCCCAGGAUUGUCAUGUAACUUUGAAGAAGGAUUGUGUGGAUGGUAUCAGGACAGCAGCGACAACUUUGACUGGACAAUGCUCAGUGGGAUGGACCAUACUAUCAGUGUUGGCAGAAGCCUUGUCAUGGACAUGAGGAGUCCAUACCUGCACGGUUUGUUUGGACGCUUAAUUUCCUUUCCACAGUCACCGGGUCCUAAAGAUUACUGCCUUUACUUCUUCUACAAAGUCUAUGGGCCAAAUGCAGGUGCUCUGAAUGUGAAGCUAAUAGAUAACAAAGGUUUUGAGAUGGUCCUGUGGACCCACAGUGGAGCUCGUGGAAAUGUUUGGCAUGAAGCACAAUGCUCAGUACCGCACCAGAUCUCAAAAUUUCAUCUGAUGUUUGAAGCCGUUCGCUCUGGCUAUGAUGGACUCAUUGCCAUUGAUGAUGUGGCAUUCUUGGAGGGUCCCUGUACCAACCCAAGGAUGUGUUCCUUUGAAGGCCAACAGUGUGGGUACACCAGCUCUAGUAAAGAUCAGUGGCUCCACCGUAGCGGAUACACAUCCACAUCAAAUGGGCCCAAAUUUGAUCACACCCUGGAGACUGAACAGGGUUUCUACAUGGUUGUUAACACUGGAGCAAGCAUCCUUCCCUCAGGUAGCACCGCAGUCCUCACCUCAUCUGUUCGCCAAGGAACUACCCGUACUGAGUGUCUAAAUUUCUGGUAUCACAUGGGAGGAGUGAAUCCAGGUUCUCUUACAGUGUAUAUGAAGCCAGUGAAGGGAGAGAGGGUCAAGAUAUUUACAAGCAACCUGAAUCAAGGAGAUGUGUGGCGUCAUGGCUAUGGCAACAUUUCGAGCUCCCUUGAGGACUGGCAGUUGGAAUUUGAGGUUGUCGGCGCUGGAGGGAAAGACACUUGCAUUGCAAUCGAUGACAUCUUUCUUGCACAUUUUCCCUGUGAAAAUCAAGGUUCCAAGUGUAGUAUGGAGAGAGGCAUGUGCAGCUGGAGCAACACUCAGAACAUGACCAUAGACAAACUGGACUGGGAGCUGACGGGUGCAGAGAUGGAACAUCACUACCCAAUCCCACUUGACGACCACACUUUGGGCACAGAAAAAGGUCACUUCCUGUUCUUUCCAAGCAGCAAUCGGACAGAAGUGAGUCAAAACGCUCUACUGCUGAGCCCUCACCUGCCCCCUACUAAGGGCACCUGCCUGAAGUUCUGGCUCUAUAAAAGCCAGUCGUCGGACUGCCAGCUAAAAGUAUGGAGACUCUCCGAAGGUCGUUUCAACCCGCUGGCUGAGACCGAACUUGUUGGACUGUGGAAACGUUUUGACAUUGACAUCACAUCUACUGAGGAAUACCAGAUUGUUUUUGAAGGCGUCAAAGGUACAGCAGGUGUGGUAGCUCUGGAUGACAUCGAAUACACCAUCGGGAUCAACUGCGCUAACAAAGUCACAGAUCCAAUAAAACCCUCCCCAAACCGAGACAAUACAGGAGGUAUCGCGGCGUCUGUGAUUGUGGUCCUUCUGCUCAUCGGCACGUUGGUCGGCCUGCUGGUUUUCUACCUGCGAACACGACAGACAUCACCUUCCUCAUUUGUUGCUGGUUUCACUAAUGAGUCUUAUGACACAGACCGCACAGUCUCUUGUAACACCAGAGAAAUGGAGGUGGAAUGAGACUCAAGGUACAAAGGUUCUGCCACCCAAAGGUGGUUUUGUUGAAAAAAGGUGAUAUCACAGCAGG